GAGUGGGGCUCACACCUCAGAAGCCGCCACAAUGAAAGACGGAACACAUUUCUACACCCAGUGACCUGCCAGGUCCCAGAAGAAAACAAAAAGUUUGACUUGAAAACAUCGACCUUGGACAUGUCCAAUAAAGCAGGUGGGAAACGCCCGGCUACCACCAACAGUGACAUCUCCAACCACAACAUGGUGUCCGAGGUCCCUCCGGAGCGGCCCAGCAUCCGGGCCACCCGGACAUCCCGCAAGGCCAUUGCCUUUGGCAAACGCUCACACUCCAUGAAGCGGAACCCCACCGCACCUGUCACCAAGGCGGGCUGGCUCUUCAAACAGGCCAGCUCUGGGGUCAAGCAGUGGAACAAGCGCUGGUUCGUCCUGGUGGAUCGCUGCCUCUUCUACUAUAAAGAUGAGAAGGAGGAGAGCAUCCUGGGCAGCAUCCCCCUCCUGAGCUUCCGGGUGGCCGCAGUGCAGCCCUCGGACAACAUCAGCCGAAAACACACCUUUAAGGUGACUGUGUGCUGGGUGGACGCGGCGGGGGCCAGUUCCACGAACUGCCUCUCCCCACAGGCGGAGCACGCCGGGGUCCGCACCUACUUCUUUAGCGCCGAGAGCCCCGAGGAGCAGGAAGCCUGGAUCCAGGCCAUGGGGGAGGCAGCCCGAGUGCAGAUCCCCCCAGCCCAGAAGUCGUUGCCCCAACCUAUGCGUCUCAACCACGAGAAGCCAGACUCCGAGAACGUCCCACUCAGCAAGCACCACCACCAGCCGCCUCACAGCAGCGUCCCCAAGCCUGAGCCAGAGGCCAAGACUCGAGGGGAGGGGGAUGGCCGAGGCUGUGAGAAGGCGGACAGGCGGCCUGAGCUGCCCGAAGUCCAGAGCGAGCCUCUGGUGAAAGCCAAUGGCAUCCAAGCUGGACUGGACCCAGCCUCAGAGCCUGGCAGCCCUCACCCUGAGGGCCCAAGGGUCCCAGGGGGCAGGGAGCGGCCCGCCCAGCCCAAUGGCUGGCAGUAUAGCUCCCCAAGCCGACCGGGGAGCACAGCUUUCCCGCCCCAGGACUCAGAGAGUGGGGGGCACCGGCCGAGCUUCCCCCCCCACGCCAACCCUGACAAGAUUGCCCAGCGCAAGAGCUCCAUGAACCAGCUUCAGCAGUGGGUGAACCUGCGUCGGGGGGUGCCCCCACCUGAAGACCUUCGGAGUCCCUCUAGGUUCUACCCCACGUCCCGCAGGGCCCCUGAGUAUUACGGCUCCUACUCCUCCCAGUACCCCGAUGAUUACCAGUACUACCCGCCAGGGGUGCGGCCCGACAGCAUCUGCUCCAUGCCUGCCUACGACCGCAUCAGCCCGCCCUGGGCCCUGGAGGACAAGCGCCACUCCUUCCGCAACGGGUGUGGGUGGAAGGAGCCUGCCAGCUAUGGACGGCAGGACAGCUCUGUCUGGAUCCCCAGCCCCUCCCGGCGGCCGGUCUACUACGACGAGCUGGAGGCUGCCUCGGGCUCGCUGCGCCGCCUGUCCUUGGAGCCCCGGUCCCACUCGGUGCCCCGCUCACCCAGCCAGGGCUCCUACAGCCGUGCCCGCAUUUACUCCCCCAUCCGUUCGCCCAGCGCCCGGUUUGAGCGGCUGCCGCCUCGCAGUGAGGACAUCUACGCUGACCCCGCUGCCUAUGUGAUGCGGCGCUCCAUCAGCUCUCCCAAGUAUGAUUACCUGGGAGACAGGCGGCCAGUCCCUGCAGGACUGUACCCCUACAACUACCCACCACCCCCCACGGUUCACGAUAAGAUGAUGAGUGAGAGCGAGACUCUCAUCAGUAUGGUGAACCGCAUGGUGGAGAGCUCCUCCCCCAGGGCCCAGCUCUUCAUGCAAGUCCCUCCGUACCCAGAAGUGUUCCGGGACAGCCUCCACACCUACAAGCUAAACGAACAAGACACAGAUAAGUUGCUGGGCAAAUUGUGUGAGCAGAACAAGGUGGUGAGGGAGCAGGACCGGCUGGUGCAGCAGCUCCGAGCUGAGAAGGAGAGCCUGGAAAGUGCCUUGAUGGGGACCCACCAGGAGCUGGAGAUGUUCGGAAGCCAGCCCGCCUACCCAGAGAAGCUGCUGCAUAAGAAGGAGGCGCUGCAGAACCAGCUCAUCAACAUCCGGGUGGAGCUGUCGCAGGCAACAACGGCCCUGACCAACAGCACCCUGGAGUAUGAGAACCUGGAGGCGGAGGUCUCUGCCCUGCACGAUGACCUCUGGGAACAGCUCCACGUGGACAUGCAGAACGAGGCGCUCAGCCGGCAGAUCCAGAAGGAGAUUUGGAGGAUCCAGGAUGUGAUGGAGGGGCUCAGGAAGAACAACCCCUCCCGGGGCACCGACACGGCCAAGCACAGAGGAGGACUCGGCCCCUCGGCCACCUGCAGCUCCAACAGCCCUGCCAGCCCUCUCAGCUCCGCCAGCCUCACCAGUCCCCUGAGCCCCUUUUCACUAGUGUCUGGCUCUCAGGGGUCCCCCACCAAGUCUGGGUCCAACGAGGAGCCUGGCCCACCACGGCCCCCCCUCCCCAAAGCCUACGUCCCCCUGGAGUCUCCUCCCACCGUGCCUCCUCUCCCUAGCGAGAGCCACUUCUGGCCAUACCCCAACUCCCCUUCCUGGCACUGCGGUGGCGAGACAGCCAGGGGUCAGCUCAAGGCAAGCUAUGAGCUAAGCAAGAAAGAGCCCCACCAGACAUUGCCCUUGGACGCCUCCAGAGACAUAAGCCUCAUGCCGACCAGGCAAGAGGUAGAGGCAGAGAAGCAGGCUGCUCUCAACAAAGUUGGCAUUGUGCCCCCACGGACAAAGUCACCCGCGGAUGAAGAGGUGACGCCAUCCAGGGUGGUGAGGAGGAAUGCCAACGGGCUCCCCAAUGGAGUCUCCGCCCGGCAAGAGCGCCCCAAGAGCGCGGUGUUCCCGGGUGAGGGCAAGGUCAAAAUGAGCGUGGAGGAGCAGAUUGACCGCAUGCGGCGGCACCAGAGCGGCUCCAUGAAGGAGAAGCGGAGGAGCCUCCAGCUCCCAGCCAGCCCGGCCCCCGACCCCAGCCCUCGGCCAGCCUACAAAGUAGUGCGCCGCCACCGCAGCAUCCACGAAGUGGACAUCUCCAACCUGGAGGCGGCCCUGCGGGCGGAGGAGCCUGGUGGGCGGGCCUAUGAGACACCGAGGGAGGAAAUCGCCCGGCUUCGCAAGAUGGAGCUGGAGCCCCAGCACUAUGAUGUGGACAUCAAUAAGGAGCUCUCCACCCCAGACAAAGUGCUCAUCCCUGAGCGGUACGUUGACCUGGAGCCCGACCUGCCCCUGAGCCCCGAGGAGUUGAAGGAGAAGCAGAAGAAGGUGGAAAGGAUCAAGACGCUCAUUGCCAAGUCCAGUAUGCAGAACGUGGUGCCUGUCGGCGAGGGGGACCUUGUGGACGUGCCCCAGGACUCAGAGAGCCAGCUGCAGGAGCAGGAGAAGCGGAUUGAAAUCUCCUGCGCCCUGGCGACCGAGGCCUCCCGCAGGGGCCGCAUGCUGUCUGUGCAAUGUGCCACCCCAAGCCCUCCCACUUCCCCUGCUUCCCCGACUUCACCAGCCAACCCCCUAUCGUCUGAAUCCCCACCGGGCACCGACAGCAGCCAUACCAUGCGGGUCUGAGCUCUGACUGCAAGCCCAGGCUGAGGCCGCUGCGGGGAAGCCCCACCGAGCCACCUUCUGAGGCCCUCCCUGUCCGCCGAGGCCCCGCCCCCUGGCCCCGCCCCUGCGCUCUCAGGAGAAACUGCAAGGAGCCAGGCUGGGGCCAGGGGCUGCUGCCGAGAGGAACGCGGGUACUUCAGCGUCCACACGCCCACACCAGGCCCUGAUGCCCUCACCACUCAGAUGGCGGUCCUAAGCCAGGGCCUGAGCUGGUGGGGAGGAGAGCAUCCUGUCUGAUGCCCAAGUCACAAGACGCCUAGGUCUGACUGGUUGGGGUCAUGGUGGUCCUACUGGAACAUGCCCUGAUGGAGAAGACACCCUGGUGGGGAAGAUGCUCUGGGCUGCCUUCGGCUAGGACUAGAGGUGAACAGAAGACGGACACUCUGCCUCUCCCGGCCCUCCUGACACCAAGGACAGAGCCUGCCAUCAUCCUCUUCCCCACCAACCCGCCCUCCUGCCCCGCUGUGCCCCAGGCUUUGACACACCUCUGCUUAUGGGUGCUCCUUUGCAGUCCACUGGAGACUAACCACACUGCUUGAGCCAAAGACGAGAUGACAAGAGAUGAUGAGAGAUGGGGAGAGGCUCCUUGGCUCCCAGGGGGUGCCCGCGGUGAUAGAGAACAGCCAGGUGCACAGUGUUGGGGAGGUUGAGAAGGGGUAGGAGAGGGGAAGGAGGGGUCCUAGGACAGGCGGAAAGAAGCAGAAGGACUCAUUGGCAGGUAAGAAGAGGAGGAGGAAGGGGGAUGGGAAAGAUUUCACGAGGGGAGCCUUGGCGGGUGCCAAGCGCGGUGCCAGACUGUCAGCUUGGCCUUCCCGCCUCAUCCCCAGGACCAGAGGCCCCCCCAGCCAGCACAGUGGCCUUCAGCUGAAGUGCUCCCAGGGGGAUUGAGUAGGGAGUGAGGGGGCUGGGUAGGACAGCCUGGGACAGAUAGCCCUUUAUAGGUCUGGGCCUGGUGUCUGCCUACCCUACUGGGCUUGGGGACAGGAUGUCUUAUGCAGGGUAUAGUCAGCCUUGGAGCCUUUCCUGACCAUUUUGGUGACAUUCUUUGGAAUGUGCUGUGGGCCGGCCGUGAGUGUGCCCAGGGAGAGAGAAUGCAGCCUUGACCUGGGAGGCCAGGUUCUAGGACCCUGCACACAUCCCAGGCAUCCCAGCUGAGCACCCGUUGAGGCUGCACCAAGGACUCCCUUCUAGUUAGACUCUUCCAGGGUCCACCUCUCCAGGGAAGCCAGUCGGGGAGAGACAGAAGCAAACUCAUUCUUGCUCGGCUCCCUCGGCCAUGAGAUGAACGGAGCUGGUAGGGAGGGAAUGGGGAGGGUACAGCUGACCAAGCACGGCCCCUGGGCCUUCUCUUAGCCAGAGCUGCUACCCUGAGACUCCAGCCUGACCUACAGUGGCCCUAAGAACAACUACAGCAUCUUCCACCAAUUCUUCUCCACUCCUUCAUGGCUAGGACAGUUACUGGUUGAUAUGCAAGUAAAGAUGACAAUUCAUUCAACAAAUGUUUAUCGAGCACCUUUCAUGUACCAGGCACUGUUCUAGGUGCUUAGGAUAGUCUGCUUCUGAGGGACGACAGACUCGGGGACUCCAUUGUCUUUACUUCUAGCAGAUUUUUGGCUGCCUUUCCCAUAGUCAGCACAGCCCGAGCCCCCCAAACUGUCCUUUCUCCCCCACAGACUGGCAGGUGGGGUUGGCUCCUAGGUAACCCUCUUCCUUGUUCCCUCACCUUUCUCCCUCCACAAGACACUGAUUUUUCAGAGCCUUCCCCUUUAGCUGUCUCCUUUUUUUUUAAAGUGAUAUUUUAAGAAAUACUGUACAAUACCAAGGAUUAAUGUCUGCACGUCUGUCUCUCACCUCUUAUUUCAUAAAGCUGGCCCUUUAUGUUGCUUUACAUGCCUUAAUAUAUGUUUUAUAAAGAUUAUACAUAUUAUAGAUAUAUAUGUAAUAUAUAUUUGUUUGGGUGUCUGAUCCUUUUCUAGAACUCCUGCCCAGGCCUAUUUUCUCCUCUUUGCUUUCCACACCAUUCCUAGCAUGUCGUGGCUGCGCCCCAUGCCUGUCGAUCCAAAGAAGGGGAGAGAAAGACUUAUUUUAAGACAGAUCUAUUUUAUGCUUUUAUUUUAAAAGCAAAUCUAUUUUCAAAUGUUCACUGUCUAAAUGGAAUUGGCAAACAAUGUGAGGAGACUGGGGUGUCUGCCUCUAGUUCCAACCCUCCCCCCUUCCAUCUUCCCAGCAGCUCCUCCUCCCGUUCCCCAGUCUGCAGAGGGCUGGUCCCGAGAGCUCUCCUGGAGAGAAUCUUGCCGGGGCAGGACAUUCUCUUGGAAGUCCUGGUCUAAGGAUUUGAUUACACUGUCAGCUCUCGAUGACCCUCUAGGGUUAUCGGGUAUGAGUCCUAUGGAGAAAAUGUUUACAGCAUGAGCACAAAAGAACAUCCAUGCAGCACCUCCCCCAGAGGUGCUCCUGGACCACCUCCCUCCAUCACCCUGCUGGAAAGGGCCGAUCGUUUCUUGGCAGCCUGUGCCAAACAAGAACGCCAGUCUGUUCCCUGAUGGACCCAGGAUAUGGUGUGAAGGCCAAAGGAAAUGGUUUGGGAGCCCCAGUCCUUCCGCGUAGACGUGUUCAUGCUCCUUGGACUGCUCACACUCUGUUCACUUGACUUCUCUCUGCUCUGGGUCACGUCUGUGGCAUCUGUUAGUCUCUGUGACCUUUCUUCUGGGGGCUGUUAAGGGCCUGGUACCUUGGUCUGGCAUCCAGACUGUGGACUCAGCUUCUGGGCUGAGGAGAGUUCCAAGGACAAUGGGACAUCUCAGCCUUGCCCACGGACCCCAGGACUUGUCUCCAGCUGCUGCUCCUGGGGUGCCGAACUAAGCCAGUUCAGCCUUCCAAACUGCUCAUCGACUGUCGAAGUGGGCAAAGGGCUCCUGCCUUGUAUGGAUUUGGGCAGGAUGGAAGCCUUUUGUCCAGAUCUGGAAUCCAGGGGCUUGAACCCUAGCACAGAGCUCCUGACCAGCAUUGGAAGCCUGACCUCCCACCUCUGACACUCCCCGGCCCCUGUUCCCAGCCUAGAGCAUCUUGCUAUGAAUGAAGGGGGCCCAGAUGGAGGCCCAGGGCUGAGUAACCCACCUGGUACAGCCCUGGUUUUAAUCUAGAGCCUUCCUAAUUAGCACAUUACCUCCCUGAUCAAUAACCAAGAGGCUGCAAUCGAAUAUUGCUACUGUCACUUUAAGAUCUUCUGAGGUUGCAAGCUGUGCAAUGUGUUCUGCCUCGGCGUGAGGCAUGCUCUUGGGGCAGGGCUGACUACAGCAAAAGGAAACCAAUUCCUUUCCCCUUUAAGCACCCCCACCUGGAAGCUCUUAA